AUGGUGGCCACAGGAGCAGGCGGUCCUGGCCCCACGGGCUGCAGCACAGCCGCCCCGUAUGGGGACAGCAGGGACACGACCACGGGGACCUUGUCUGUCCCCCCCCCCCCCCCCCCCCCCCCGUGCCGCUACCCCCCCCCCCCCCCCAGGUACUACUACAACAAGCGCAUCCUGCACAAGACCAAGGGCAAGCGCUUCACCUACAAGUUCAACUUCAGCAAGCUCAUCUUCGUCAACUGCCCGCUGUGGGACGCGCGCUGCCCGGCCCUGCUGGCGGGCGCCGUGCCCCCCGCCCUGCCGAGCCAGCUGGUGCAGAACGUGGUGCUGAGCCGGCGGGCGCUGGUGGAGCCGCUGGUGUGGUCUCGGGGUCCCCGGCACCCCCUGCACCCCGAGGUGCUGGAGAAGAGCCGGCUGAGCUCCGCGUCCCCCCCGUGCCUGGGGGGCUCCUGCUGCCGCCCCGAGGAGUUUCCCCCCUUGGCCGCCUUCCCCUGCCCGCUGCUGGCCCCCCCGCUGCGCGACUGGGCCCCCUUCCCCAGCCACGUCCUGCACCCCCCUCGCCACCCCCUGCCUCUGCUGCCCCCCCAGCUGGCAGCCCCCAGCCCCGGGGGGUUCCCCAAAACGGAGCCCUUCUUCCUGGGCCCCCACUGCCCCCCCAGAGCCUUCCCCGGGCUCCUGGGGG